AUUUGUCGAUUGAAAUGAUGACGGGUGGAUUGUUUCGUGUUUGUAAAACAUUUACAAAUUGUAUAAAAAAUAUCAAUGUAACCAAUAAUGGUAGUUUCCCGCAAAAUAUUUUCCAAAAAUAUUUUUUAUAAAACGAUUAUUCAUGAUUAUACGUUUUGCUUAUAUAACCUAAAAAAAAUUUUUCUUUUCUUAUAUAUAGUUUUGUUCGUUCUUGAUUUGAAAACUAUCUCUGGUAAUUUAUUGUUAUUACAAAAUGUAUCGUUAAAAAGUACAAGAAAUGCCAGUUUUUUAAAUAAAAGAUCGGCUUCUGAAUUAUGGAAAUCUGUCAUAAGUGUCAGUAAUGCUGGCAAAAGAAGAGGAAGAGGAAGGACUGCUUCGAAAGCAAAAGAUUUAAACAAAACUCAAAAAAUUGGCUUUGGAAAAAUACCUAUAAUAUUUCCAGGAUUUAAUAGUAAUAUUAUACUUGGUGAUACGACGCUACAACAAAGGCCUUUUACGGAACAAGAAAAAUUAAAUUAUAUUCAAGAACAAGAAACAAAAAAUUUGAUAUCAACAACGAAACGAAACAAACUUCAUCCUUUACUACGAGGAUGGAGUGGAGGUCAGCCAGGUGGAAGAAGACUUGGACCACCUUCUUCUGAUGAGUCAUUUAAAGGAUUUGAAACUUGGAUUUUAUAUUGCAAUCAUACAUCCAUUAUGACAAGUAACAUGGGUCGUACAAAACGUUGUCGUCUGCUUGUUAUUACUGGAAAUAGGAAAGGCUUAGCUGGUUUUGUAAUGCUAAGUGGAAGUGAAUUUAAAUCAACCGUAAAUGCAGCUAAGGUUAAAGCGGGUCAAAGAUUAAUAUAUGUUGAAAGACAUAAUGAUCAUACAGUACUCCAUGAUUUUUUUUCACAAUUUGGAAAUACAAAAAUAUUUGUAGAACAAAGGCCUAAAGGUCAUGGACUCCAAUGUCAUCGAGUUAUUAGAACGUGUUGUGAAGCAGUUGGUAUUACAGAUUUGUUUGCUAAAAUUGAAGGAUCUAAUAAUGUUUCUUCUAUUGUAAAAGCUUUCUUUAUUGGUUUAUUACAACAGAAAACGUACGAUCAAAUAGUAAAGGAAAAAGGAUUGCAUUUAGUUGAAAUGAGAAAGGAAAAUAAUUAUUUUCCUACAGUUCUUGCUUCACCUACAGUAGUUCGUGAUUCUUCAGAAAUUUCACCAACUGAAACAUUAGAUUUCAAAAACUAUGUAAUGAACGGAAGAAUUCCUUUAAGAAAAAAAGUUCGAUUACCAUUUUACACAAAAUUGCCUUCAUGGUUAAUUCAUUUGCGUAAACAAGAACGUCAUAGAGAUCAAGAUAAAGUUAUAAUUAGAUUAAGGGCCGAAUAUGGUGAUAUUUGCAGCUUUUUAACUGAGAAAUAUCCAGAAGCAAGACCUUCUAAGUGGAGGAAACAUGACAAAAAAAAGGAAGAAACCACUUGAAUGUAAUAUUUUUAUGAUAAAAUAGAUAAUUUUAUUAAAGAUAUAA